AUGGCAUGUCUGAAAUUCUUGCAGAAGUGUUGGUCGACCACUUUAUCAAAAGGGGGACAUGACUCCAAUGUUCUCUCAUCAUUACGAUUAGUUGAAGCAAGACCGAAAUACUUGAAAGGAGUAUUUACGAUUGAGCAGAAACACUUGAAUAAUCACGGGACUAUACAUGGUGGUGUGAUACUUUCGUUGACAGACACGAUAACCUCUUUAUCACUUUCAACACUCGGAUUCCCACCACCAACAGGAGUCAGUGUUAAUAUUUCAACUGAAUUCGUCCGACCUGGCGGGACACUCGGUUCCAAAUUAGUCUGUGUCGGUAUCGUAGAACAAUGUGGACGGAAUCUAGCUUAUACACGAUGUGAAUUCUCAACUCCGUCUCCGAGCAACAAUGAAAGUGAUGACAACAAAGAUAAAGAUAAUGGCGAUGAGGAGAAAGGGAAUGGGAAUAAAAUAGGAAAAUUGGUCGCUUAUGGAAGUCAAACUAAAUUCAUGGGUGGUUGGAACAAAGAUAGACAAUUCAGUCAAGAUGGUCAAGUUGCAUUAGACACCGAGUUCAGUAAGGAUGCCAAGUUGUGA